AUGUUCAAAUUAGUUGCAUUGACUGUUCUUUUAGCCCUUUCUGGCACUCAAGCCUUCUGGACAGCCUGUCCAGGAGUUUUAGCACCAACAUCAGUUACAUCCGAUGUUUGCUCAGGAUCAUCAUGUAAUGUUAGACUUGGACAAGACUUUUCUGGUGUCGCAACAGUUUCAUUCACCCGCGCUCAUGCUAUUUUAACAACAAGAAUCACAAUCUACAUUGGAGGAGUUGGUGUUGAUAUUCCACAAGAUGCACCCCAUGACAAUAUUUGCAACAGCUUAUUCCGUGAUGGCGUUUUAACUGGAUGUCCAACAACACCAAAUGUAGCAACUGAAUGGCGUAUUAAUUUGACAGUUACAAGCAACACACCAACAGUCAAUAAUGCUCGUGUCCGAUUCGAAGGAUUGGAAAAUGGAGUAUCAGAAGUCUGUGUUGAUGUCAUGGCUAGUAUUGUUGCUUAA